GCUCGCCAUUAUCAUUUUACUUUCUUAGAAACACCAAAUAUGGCCGCAAAGACUUACUUCAUUACUGGCGCUAGCCGAGGACUCGGACUUGAGUUUGUAUCUCAACUCAAGCGUGCAGGACAUGUCGUGAUCGCUACCGCCCGCAAGCCCGAGAACUCUGAAGAGUUGCAAAAGCUGGUUGACAACAAGCAGGUUUAUAGCAUCGCCUUGGACACCGUUGAUGUCAAGUCUGUCGAGGCUGCUGUCGAGAAGGUCAACGAAAUUGCUCCCAACGGCAUCGAUGUCCUCAUCAACAAUGCAGGCGUUAGCACUGAUCGCUCACACUCUUCUUUGACCACACCUCCUGAAGCAAUGCUCGACGUGUUCAAAACCAAUGUCGUCGGUACUGUAAUUGUGACUCAGCGCUUCGUGCCUUUGUUGAAGAAGAAGACCGACCGAAAGAUCUUCACCAUUAGCUCCAUUCUCGGAUCCGUUGGUCUCACCAACUAUGCUGGCACCAUUGCUCCUUAUAAUGUCUCCAAGGCCGCUGUCAACAUGUAUAUCAAGGAGCUCUCUGAAGACCUCAAGGCCGACAACUUUACCAUCUUGGCUAUUCAUCCUGGAUGGGUUGCGACCGAUAUGGGUGGCGCUUCUGCACCAUUGAAGGCUCCCGAGUCGAUCUCUGGAAUGCUCAAGGUCUUUGACCAAGCUACAGCAGAAGAUACUGGUAGCUUCAAGGAUUAUUCCGGAAAGACCUUGCCAUGGUAAAUACGGAGGUGGAAUAGAUUUACAUAUUGUAUUUUUUAUGAAUAGCGCUAUGUUGGCAGCCGUUGUUUUGCAAGCAUCAUCAAAAUGUAAGAUAAGCUUACCGCUGUGAUAUAACUGAUUUCAAAUAAACCAGCAGACACUACUUUUUUUACCUCAACAC